AGGAAAAAAAACAAGCUACCGAUCACCGAGCACCGAUAUUAUUCACUUUUUAGUGUUCAGUAUUCUCCGCAAAUCGUACCGGAACAAUCAGAAAUCACAAUAAUAUUCAGAAUCACAAACAAAACAAACUGCUCACGGUGAGAUAAUUCGCGUGAUAUUUCUUGUUCCGUUCCGCGUUUUAGCAUUAAUUGGUUCGUGGCGGCAAUGGUGAGCCUUUUGCUGACAUCCGAAACGUCUCUGUUGUUUGUUAGGUCGCACGUCGGAUUUUUUUAGUCGCGAAGUCCGUUGGUCAGUCGUCCUGCAGACCAUAAGAGCUCAGCCGUGGGUGCCAAACCGCCCCACGACAAUAAGCCGGACGCGAAUCGAAUUUCAAUCGUAUUUUGAGGGACGAAACAGACGACGACGACGACGCCGCCGACCCGCAUCCAAUAUUUCAAUCCGAGAGAGCUGAACUUGCUCCGGACCGAGACGGGUGUCUCCAAAAACAGAUAUAGAAGAUAGUCGCGAUUUUUAAAAACUUUUUUUCAAUUACAUCUUUCGUGCCAAACCCGACACAGACUGAUCGACUUAUGGAAACCUCGGAAGUCGACACGUCCAUACUGAGUUCGUUGCACGGUAACCGGUACGAUUACUUGCGGGCAGACGACAAGGAGAGCUUUGGUGAUUCUGCUUUCCUAGCCGAGAACCUUGACAAAGAACUGCCAAAAACACUGCCUGAACUAUCUGAAAUCACAGACAGUGAUACUUAUCUGCGAAGCAACGAACCGUCGCAGAUGAUGACGAUUGACAGUUCAUGGAACGAAGAUUCAACAUCAUGUUUUCCUACAUCAACAAACUCAAGUUUUCCCAUAGCUCUUCCAGGUCCUAGUGAUUUUGAUGAGUUCAAUAGCAUUCAAACUGUUCCAAGAGCUGAAACACCAGGGUUAGGGUUAAGCACAAUUUUUGCUGCUGAUGGUGAUUUAUCUGAUCCGACUGCUGAAAUUGGUGUUUGUGGUCUUCGAAAUCUCGGUAAUACAUGUUUUAUGAGUGCAGGCUUACAAGCUCUCUUAUCAACAGAGAGUCUUGUGUCAUAUUUUUUGAGCUUUGACAAUGAUGGAUCCGAAGACACAUUGAUUGGACAAUUUUCUGAUCUUGCUAAACGUGUUUGGAAUGGACAGUUCAGUGUUAUCAAUCCACAUCAGUUCAAAUAUGUCUUGGGAAAACGAUAUGCACAGUUCCGGGAUUGCAGCCAGCAUGAUUGUCAAGAAUUCUUGGCACUUUUAUUAGACAGCCUAAAUGAUGAACUAUUGAUGCACUUUGCCAAACACUGCAAAGUAACAUCACGUAAAACUCGUAAGUCUCCAAAUCCCAGAAAAUUAUUGCCACGUGAAGUUGAUGAGUUUGUUAUUAGUUCGUCUGAAUAUGAAUUACCUCAAAUAUGUGACAUUUUAACAGAAGAAUUAUCCGAGAAUCAAGACUUCAUGGCACAAAAUGUGAAUAAUACAGACUCUGAUGUUCUUGUAUCACCAAAUAUUGAUGAUGGUACCAUAUCUUCAUGCAAACCAGAUCUUCUCAAGUCCAAGGUACAAAUUAAUGAUUUGUUGAAUGGAAAAAGGGAAAUAUGUUGUGAUUCCUCAUCUGAUUCGAGACUUAUGGAUUUGAAGCGUGUAAAAUUAGAUGAUAAUAUAUUAUCUAAGACAGAGCUUGUAGAAGCCGAUUCAAUAGGAUCUACUGUUCUUGAGAAGCGUGUAGAACAAGAGUCCAUUAUCAAUAAAAUAUUUCAAGGACAAUUUGAAAGUUCUGUUACAUGUCUUGAAUGUAAUUAUGUGUCUGUUAUGCAUGAACCUUUCAUGUAUCUCUCUGUACCUUUACCGUAUGCUACUCAACAACAAAUGUACAUUACAUUUGUAAGCGCUACACAUAAUCCACCGAUGAAGUACCUGAUAACAGUUAACAAACAAGAUGAUAUUAAAAAAGUUAAAAGCGAGUUGGUAAAUUUGAUAGGCGAAGAUAAACACCCUGAUAUGUUGGUUGUAGCCGAAGUUUUUAACAGACACAUUUCUAAAAUAUUAAGUGAUGAUCAUCAAGUGAGGAGCGUUGAUUCUAAUAACCGUGAUUUGUAUGCAUUUGAGGUAUUGGAAAUUAAUUUAGACCUUGUAAAUGGGGACAUUGAAGAAUUAACUGAAAGAGACACACAAAUUGAACCAAUGGAUAUAGACUCUGCAAUAAUUGAACAAGGAGAUGUUUGUACCAUAUGCUUAGAAUAUAAACCUGAUAUGGUACUCCAUAAAGAUAUUAAAGAUUGCACAUGUGUAUUGUGUGAUGAAUGCAUUAAAUCAAGUUGUUUUCAUUCUGGCGGAGAUACAGAUCAAAUGGAUUGUCCUGUUUGUAGAGUAAGAAUAGAUCCUAAGGUUGAUUUAAUUCCAAUUGAACAACCUGCUGGUAGUACAAAUCAAGCUGUACGACGAUUGACUAUUCCAAUCGUGUUUACACAAGCUAAUGUAAAAAGUUUAAUUGGUCGGCCAGCAUUGGUUCGUUUACCAAGUGAAGUUCCUGCUGAAGUACUUUAUGUUGAAUUGGCCAAACUUCAUCCAUACUCUGAAGAUUUUUCACUAUCUUUAGUUGAUGGUCAAGGGACCAUGUGCUCUAGAUGCAUGUGGGACGAACAUUGUAGUGGCUGUAAUCUUCCCAAAAGUGGAAUAAUCAAGUUUCGUAGUGGUGAUACACUAGCUGUUACCUUUGAAGAUUAUGUAGAUGUUUAUUUGCUUGACACUAAAUUGCAUCCAGGAUCUACCGAACAAAUGCGAUCUAAUAAACCUCUUACAAUUUAUGAUUGCAUUAAUGCUUUUUGCCAAAGUGAACUUUUAGAUGAUAAUAAUCCUUGGUGGUGUCCAUUCUGCAAAAAGAAUCAACGCGCCACUAAAACAUUAUCCAUUUCCAAGUAUCCUAGAUGUCUCAUUGUAUACUUAAAAAGAUUUGUUUUCCAUGAAAAUUGGGGGAUAAAACUACAAGACAGUGUAAUAUUUCCUUUAGAUGGAUUGGUGUUGGAUUUACAACAAGAUAUUGUAUAUGAUUUGUAUGCUUGCGUUUGUCAUACUGGAAGUACUUCUAUGGGUCACUAUACAUCUUAUACUAAACACGUGGAAUCAGAAGAUUGGCACUAUUACAAUGAUGAAACAGCCAUUAAAACAAAACCAGGACAUGAAGAUUAUUGUAAUGCGUAUAUUUUGUUCUACAAGAAACAAGGAUUACCUGAUGACGAUGCUGAUUCCUCAGGACUGUGAAGUUAUUUUUAAAUAAUAAAAUAAGAAUCAGUAAAAAAAAUAAUUGCUAUCUUAUGAUUUUUCUUAUGUUUAUGAAACUAAACAAAAGAAUGUUUUUUUAUGGUAAAGGACUAGCCAAAUUUAAUCUUGAAAGUCUUGUCCUUAAUUCUCAUUACUGUUGAUGUUACUUAUAUUAUUAUUAUUUUUUUCUAGUAAUUCUUUAUUAUUUUUUUAGUACCUUUGUGAGAAAAAUUCCUUACUAAAAUACUAUAAUGUAAAUUUUAAAUGGAGUAAACUAUGUGUUAUUUUGUAUGAA